AUGUACGAUAUUCGUGCUGUAGUUGGAAUAGAUUUUGGAACAACCUAUUCGGGAUUUGCGUAUUCGAAUACAGCAAUUCCUGAGAUUGAAACAAAUGAAGAAUGGCCACCAGACGGCACAAUCGGCAAAUUUAAAACCAACACAGUAUUGAUGUAUGAUGAAAAUGGUGAUAAAGUUAAAUUGUGGGGUAAUAAAGCCUUGGUCAAUAAAAAAGCGAGAGGCUCAAAAGAUAUUGGACCUAUUAGGCCUAUUGAAUUAUUUAAAUUACAUCUAGGAAGAGAUAUAGAAACUUCAGAAAACUUGGAAUCAAGAUUAAACGAAGUUUCUACACAGAAUAGAAUCAAUUAUAAAAAGGCUGUUGCUGAUUAUUUGAGUGAAAUGGCUGAAGCCACUGCAAUUUAUUGUAGAAAAGUUUUGGAUGAACAUUUCGAAGUUCCUUUUGGAACUGUUGUUAAAGGUGCAGUGGAAUAUGGUUUGAAUAUGAAGUGUGUUAAAAAUAGAGUGUUGAAAAACACUUAUGGUGUAAUGUUAACUGUAACUCGUGGUACUAAAGUUGAUGUCGACGAAGAAUUCUCUGUUAUUAGUACACCAUUACAUCCUAGUUCGAAAACCAUGUCUAUUGAAAUUUUUGAAACAUUAAGUCGUGCUCCUAAAUUUUUUGAUGAACCUAGAAUGAGACAAUUAGAAAAAAUUAAAGUUGAUUUGUCUGAAAAUCCAAAUUCAAAUGGAGCAUCUUCAUCAAAAAUAAAAGCUAUGGCUAAAGUAAAAGGAACUGGCGAAAUUCGUCAAGCACUAAUAAAUUUAGGAUUGUAA